GAACAGCCUAGUGGGAUAGCUGAUGUCAAAGUUCGCAGUAGUUUCGCGCCACGCUACUGGCCUCCCUCCCCUUCUAUAGCUCGCUCCGGAAAGUAGAAAAGCACAGACAUGCAGACCUCCAGCAGUGCUACAGAAGCAGUACGGGUUUACAGGGACUUGGCACGGCGCCCCAGCGUGGCUCGCGCGUGGAUCAACCCUGCUGCUAAGGAUGUGGGAACAACGGACAGGAAACAUGUCGAAGUCUGCUCGCUCUGGGCUCAGAGAGACAUUGAGACUUCGAAGACCGCCAAGUUCAUCAGGAGUCACAAAAUAUCCAUGACAGACAGGGGCGUGGCGAGUUCAGAGGUCAGCGGCGCUCCUGUAGACACCAGCACCUGCCAGCUGCAGCAGACGUCUCCCUCGGGAAAACUGUCGGCGGUCGUGCGUCUUCUCUCGGACAAGCAGUACCUGGAGAUCUGGGACCACACCUGUAAGCUGAAGAACGUGGAGCUCCAAGCCUUGGAGAAGCACGGCAAGGUGUACGAUGACGGGACCUUUGGGUGUUUCCAGUGGUCCCCAUGUGAGAGGUACCUCCUGUACAUCGCUGAGAAGAAGACACCUAAGAUGGAGUCUUUCUUCAAGAGGAAAGACAAGGGGAAGGCGGAGUCUGGCGACGCCCCGGUCCAGGGGGAGGAGUUUGUGUAUCAGGAGGACUGGGGAGAGGGUCUGGUGGCCAAACAUCACCCUGUUCUCUGCAUCUUCGACAUAGAAGAGGAAACGACGCAGGUGUUGGAAAACGUUCCUGAUGAGGUGUCGCCAGGCCAGGCAGUGUGGUGUCCUGACGGGAAAGGCGUUGUGUUCGUUGGUUGGUGGCACGUCCCCUUCAGACUGGGGAUCAUCUACUGCACUAACCGGAGGUCCGCCCUGUUCCAUCUGGACCUGGACGGGCGGACGUGCAAGCAGCUGACAGGUGAUGACCUGUCGGUGCGAUGUCCGAGGUUCAGCCCCGACGGGAGCAGGCUGGUGUACCUGCAGAAUCCGCCAGGGGGACCCCACAGCAGCUGCAGUCAGGUGGCCAUGUACCUGUGGAAGGAAAAGACUGCAGUGGUGGUGACGGACAUCGUACGGCAGGUGUCGGGUGACGGUUUCCCAGGCAUGUACACCUGGGACACGGAGAUUGUGGCCAUGUACCUGUGGAAGGAGAGGACGGCAGUGGUGGUGACGGACAUCGUGCGACAGGUGGCCAUGUACCUGUGGAAGGAAAAGACCGCAGUCGAGGUGACGGACAUCGUACGGCAGGUGUCGGGUGACGGUUUCCCUGGUGUGUACACCUGGGAUAUCGGGUUCCUGCAGUGCUGGGCAGCAGACAGCAGGAGGGUCGUGCUGCACACUAACUGGAGGAGCAGGAUGGCGCUCAUCAUCAUCAACACUGACACUAAUGAGGUGAAAAAGCUUUCGGCAGAAGGGGACGUCACAGCUGCCGCAUGGAGACUUCUGGACAUUCGCGACGACCUCAUUCUCGCUGCCUGCAGUGCGCCAAACACGAGCCAACACCUUCGCUGCGCCGUGCUACCACCUGCGGGCCAGGAACACCUCGUGAAGUGGGAGACUCUCGACGUCGAAGUCCCCACCCUCACCCCGCCUCUGGACCACAAGGUGAUCACACUCACUCCUGCUGACGAGGGGAUGGAAUAUGAGGCAAUCCUGAUGAGGAAGAGAGGGGUAGAGUCUCCGCCGAUGAUCGUGUGGCCGCAUGGAGGACCGCACAGCGUGUUUUCGUCGGAGUUCCUCCCCUUUACAGUUGGGCUAUGCCAGUUAGGAUUUGCCGUUCUCCUAGUGAACUACCGCGGGUCGCUCGGGUUCGGGCAGGACUUUGUGGAGAGCUUGCCGGGGAAGGUCGGCACUCAAGAUGUCUCGGACGUACAACACGCUGUCGAGACGAUCGUGGGGACCGAGGGGGUUAACAAAAACCAGCUGUUCGUCUGUGGAGGGUCUCACGGGGGUUUCCUGGUCACCCAUCUCAUCGGGCAGUUUCCGGACACGUACAAGGCGUGCGUGGCGCGGAAUCCGGUGAUAAACAUCGCGAGCAUGUUCGGUAUAACGGACAUACCCGACUGGUGUUGUGUAGAAGCUGGGGUAGAACCUGACUACCACAAGCCCCCCUCCCCGGAAGUCUACACCGCCAUGCUGACCAAGUCUCCCAUGUUUCACGCCAGCAAGAUUAAGGCACCCACGAUGAUCAUGUUGGGAGAGGUAGACAGGAGAGUCCCCCACACCCAGGGGAAGGAGCUGUACCGGCUGCUGAAGACCCGGGGUGUGCCGGCCCGGCUGCUGGUCUAUCCUGACAACAAUCACCCCAUCGCCAAGGUGGACGCUGAGGCAGAUGCCUUCGUCAACAUCUACAAGUGGUUCACAGAACACAUGGCAACAGUGUGAUGGUGACUGGGCAAUUAGGAA